AUAGUGUAUAGUGACACACAUGGACCAACCACGAAUCGUGCCACGAACUCAUGGCACGAUUCGUAGUUUACAAAUCUAACGUCUUAUACAUUUGAUGAUUACGCUCCAUUGUAUAUUUUACUAACGUACACAAAAUUUAAAUUGCUAGAGCAAGUGUUGAAAGGGUUAAAAGUGAUCGAGAGUCAAACGUUCGCGAAUGACCUGGAUCGUGUACUGUUCAGCACGCCAGAAAAUAUUGCCGGACAAUAUGUAUAAGAAUGGUCACCAAGGGACUCGGCCCGUUAAAGUCUUGCAAUUGCUCAAGGAGUUGGAAAGUAAAAAGAAGUCUGCUCGUAAGGAUAGUGCACAUAAAAGACCAAUGCAGCCUGAAAAGCUACUCGUGUCGACUUCAAAGAAAAAGGAAGGAGGCGAAGAAAAUGAGACGCGUCAAUUCGUCAAACCUGGCAAUUGUGUGCGGAGGGUUCUUAAUUUUAACCAACCGUCUGGCAAUGCUACGAAGAAUAAGUGUGAAAGUACAAAUAAAGCAAGCAGGUUUGAAAUGGACGAAUGCAUCGGUAAGAAUAGCGUGAAAAAAGUAGGAAGAAUGAGUUUCAUACCACUGCCAAAUUCCACGAGGGAGAAACAGUUACAAAAAUUUAACAAUAAAGUGAACGAAUGUUCAAAAAUAACUGAAAUGUCCAAAGAAACAGAUAAUACGUAUGACGAGUCGGCUAAUACGAGAGAAACUAACCCCGUAAAUGAAUCCUCUGACAUUAACGUCGAUCGCGCUGGAAAAACCGUUAACGAAUCUGUCAUUAUUAAUGGCACGGGCGAUGCACAGCGAUCUAAAAUGCUAAAUGUUCGACCAGAAGUGUUGAUCUCUCAGCCUGAAGAUCUUCCACGAACAACGAGGAAUAGUAAGGUUGAAUUAAUUACGGAAACUAGUGAGAGGAGUGAAGUACAUACGGAACCAAAGGUGAAACUUGAUUCAGUACAAAAUUUAUGUAAGAAUUUCCAAAGUAAGAACCUAGUAACUGGCGAGAAUGAUACGAGAACGGAAGAUGAAUUGUCCAAUGUGUUCCGUGUCGAAAGAGACAAUCUUAUUUCAUUUCAACGUUAUCUAGAGAAUCGUCUACGGUUGACGGAGGAGCAUGCGAUUCAAUUAAGAGCCAGUAUAACUUGCGUCGCAAGUUUAAUAACGACAUUGAACGACGAAACGAAUGGACUUCCUGACACUAAAUUACAAAGAGAAUGUAAUACCAUGGUAGACAAGGAAGUUCAGACAGAAAUUUGUCCAGAAGAACGAUCAGAGACGUGUACUAAAAGUAUUUUACCACCGGCUGAAUUAGAAUGUCUGCCUGAAGACGAUGAAGGCAAUAAAGAAAACGAGGUUUUGAACACGAUGAGAUUAUCUGGUGUUACGACGAAUUCGAGUUUCCUAGAAUUAGAAAAUGAGCUGAACAUCAUACAUACGGAGCCUAGUCCAGAUUACGAGAAUCGUUCGAAAACACCAAUAAUUAAAAGGUACAAGCAAAAAUCGUUUAGGGAAUACAUGGCGUUAAAAUCCAGUAUGAGUUUUUUAGAAACUCCAGAUGGUAAAAGGUUUAGAUGUCUGUGUCAGAAAAACGGCACGGCUGAACCUGAUCUAAAUAGAAAGUCGAUAUCGAAAAAAUUGCUUGAGGAUAUUCGUAGUCUAAAUAACGAAUCGGCAGACUCCGAUUUAUAAUCUUACGCCUCCUCUCAUUAGUACAACGCUAGAGUUAACAAUCGCGACGAUGUUAUUUAAUUUUAUUUGUAAAUCGCAUAGAUUAUAAUAAUAUUUAUUUCUAUCUGUAUGAUAAUGUAAAUGAUGUAAUGUAAAGACCUGUAAGCAUUAGGUGUAUUUUCCAUUUUUUUAAUAAAUAUAAAUAUUAUCCCUGUU